AUGAUGUUCACUUUCACAGCCCUGCUCUGUCUAGGACUGACUCUGGGCCCUGGGACCACAGCGCUGACUGGGACCCUCCCUAAGCCUGUACUCAGAGCACAACCAGACCUUGUGGUCUCCAAACAGACUAAUGUGACCUUCUUGUGUGAGGGUACAACAGGAGCCAAAGAAUACUCUAUCUACAAAGACAAAAGUCAAUAUACAUGGUUCACACAGAUUCUUCUAAAGCCUGCGAACAAGGCUGAAUUCUCCAUCUCAAAAACUGACCAGCACCAUGCAGGGAGAUAUCAAUGUCGCUAUCGGACCCAUGAUGCAUGGUCUGAGUACAGUGAGUCCUUGGAGCUUGUGGUGACAGGAGCAUACAGUAAACCCAGCCUGUCAGCCCAGCCCAGCCCUGUGGUAACUGAAGGAGGAAACGUCACCCUCCAAUGUGCCUCAAGGGAGGGAUAUGACAGGUUAAUUCUGACUAAGGAAGGACCACAGAAACUCUCCUGGAUGCUGGAGUCACAGUAUAAUUCCUCAACUGGACAAUUCCAGGCUCUAUUCUCUGUGGGUCCUGUGAUUUCCAGUCAAAGAUGGAUAUUCCAAUGCUACAGCAAUGACCUGAGCAGACCACAGGUAUGGUCGGAACCUAGUGAUCCCCUGGAGCUCCUGUUCUCAGGUAACCUCCACAAACCCAUCAUCAAGGCUGAGCCAGGCUCUUUGAUUGCCUCCAGAAGUGCUGUGACCAUUUGGUGUCAGGGGAGCCUAGAUGCAGAAAUAUGUGUCCUGCAUAAAGAGGGAAGACAAAAUCCCUGGGGCACACAGACGCCAGAGAAGCCUGAGAACAAGGCCAAGUUCUCCAUCCCUUCUGUGACACCGCAACAUGGGGGACAAUAUCGCUGUUACUGUUACAGCUCAGCUGGCUGGUCAGAGCGCAGUGAUCCCCUGGAGAUUGUGGUGACAGGAAUCUACAGAAAUAAACCGAUCCUGUCAGCCCUGCCUGGCAAUGUGGUGACCACAGGAGGAAACAUGACUCUUCAGUGUGUUUCAUUGAAAGCAUAUGACAAGCUCAUUCUCUCCAAUGAAGAUGAGAAGUUCUUCACCUCCCUAGACUCACAGUAUAUACACCAUAAUGGGCACUACCAAGCCAUGUUCUCUAUGGGUCCAGUCACCCCAGUACAUAUAGGGACAUUCAGAUGUUAUGGUUACUACAAGAAUACCCCACAGGUCUGGUCAGCACCGAGUGACCCUCUGGAAAUACACAUCUCAGGGCUGUCCAAGAAACCCUCCCUUUUAAGUCACCAAGGCCAUAUCCUGGACUCUGGAAAGAGUCUCACAUUGCAGUGUUGCUCUGACAUCACCUAUGAUAGAUUUGUUCUGUACAAGGUGAGCACAACUAACUUCACCCAGCAUCAUCACAAAUGGACCCAGGCUGGUCUCUCCUUGGCCAACUUCACACUGGGAUCUGUGAGCAGCUCUACUGGAGGCCAAUAUAGAUGCUAUGGUGCACACAACCUCUCCUCUGAGCGGUCAGCCUCCAGUGACACCUUGGACAUUCUGAUCUCAGGACAGCUUUUCUUCCCUGCUUUCCUCUCAGUGAAGCCUAACUCAACAGUACAUCCAGGAGACAAUGUGACUCUUCUGUGUUGGUCAAGAGAAAGAGUGAACACUUUCAUUCUGUACAAGGAGGAGGCAGUCCAUCAACCCCAGCGACUAAAAUCAAAGUUCCAAGAUCAGCACUUCCAGGCAGAAUUCUCCAUGAGUGCUGUGACCUCUGCCCUUUCAGGAAGCUACAGGUGCUAUGGUUCUCGAAACUCAUCACCAUACCUGUUGUCAUAUGCCAGUGCCCCCGUAGAGCUCAUAGUCUCAGAACCCUCAAGGCCCAUGACAACAGCUGGACUGGAAAAAUACCUCCAGGCUCUGAUUGGAGCAUCUGUGGCCUUCCUCCUGUUCCUCUUCAUCCUCAUCUUCCUCCUCCGGCAAAGGAAACAGGGCAAAUGCAGGAAGGAUGCCCAGAAAGAGACAGAAUUGCAACUUCCUGCAGGAGCUGCAGAGCCAGUAUACAGGAACAUAGGUCCCCAGAAGAGAUCCAACCCAGCUGCUGCCACCGAGGAAGAAAGCCUUUAUGAUUCAGUGGAGAAUAUGCAGCCUGAGCAUGGUGUGGAGCUGGACAGUUGGAGACCAACUGAGGCAGGCCCCUUGGGUGAUAUAUGCCAAGUGAAACCCUCCAGGCUCAGGAGGGGAGCUGUCCUACCUUCUGUCAUGUUAGGAGAUGUCCUGGACACAAAAGAUGGACAAGCAGAAAAGGACAGAACAUAUAAUUCCUCUCACUCUCUCCCACUGCAGGCUGAACAAUCUGAAGAGCCCCAGGGUGUGACCAAUGCCCAGCUGUGCAACAUGAAGCUCAGACAAGAGACAGCUGCACUCCCUCCCUCGCAGGCAGGGAAUGCCCCAGAGGAGCCAGUCUAUAUACUGAUUUUCCAGUAA